GAUUAACCAUUUCCACAUUAACUUUAUCAUUAUGAUUUUUUGUCUGGUUUUUUAUCCCUUUAAAGCUUUGAGAGCUGGGAAUUAAAGAUUGAAGAAGCAGGCACAAUGCCAGGUGGGGCUUUCAGCGGCGGCGGCAGGGUGGGCAGGUCGAGGGCGGAGCAAUACCAAGGAAGGGUCACUUGUUAUGUGGUGGUUGCUUGCAUGGUCGCCGCCGUCGGCGGUUCUUUGUUUGGAUAUGAUGUCGGAAUUUCAGGAGGGGUGACAUCCAUGGAUGGGUUUCUGGAGAAAUUUUUCCCAUCAGUUUACAGAAACAAAAUGCAUGCACAUGAGAACAACUACUGCAAGUACAACAGUCAGGGCCUAGCAGCGUUUACAUCUUCCCUCUAUCUCGCCGGACUGGCGGCGACGCUGGUGGCAUCUCCUUUGACGCGGAAGUAUGGCCGGCGUGCCAGUAUAAUCUCCGGCGGACUGUGCUUUCUCAUAGGUGCAGCUUUAGACGCAUCAUCUGUAAACUUAACCAUGCUCAUCUUUGGCCGGAUCAUGCUCGGCUUUGGGAUCGGAUUCGGAAAUCAGGCGGUUCCGAUGUAUCUGUCGGAGAUGGCGCCGACCCAUCUCCGAGGAGGUCUCAACAUGAUGUUCCAACUAGCGACCACUCUAGGGAUCUUCACGGCAAACAUGAUAAACUACGGAACGGCGAAGAUCAAGCCGCACGGGUGGAGGAUCUCUCUCGGCCUGGCAGCGAUGCCCGCGCUUCUGAUGACGGCGGGCGGAAUCCUCCUGCCGGAGACCCCAAACAGCCUGGUGGAACGAGGGUCGCCGGAGAAAGGGAGACAAGUGCUGGAGAAGCUACGCGGGACAACAAACGUCGGCGCGGAGUUGCAGGACAUAAUCGAAGCGAGCGAGCUCGCGAAAUCGAUCAAAAGUCCGUUCAGAAACAUGGUGGAGAGGAAGAACAGGCCGCAGUUAAUCAUGGCGGUGUUCAUGCCGGCGUUUCAGAUCCUCACCGGCAUAAACGCUAUCCUUUUCUACGCCCCCGUGCUGUUUCAGACUAUGGGUUUUGGAGGGAAAGCUUCGCUGUAUUCCUCCGCUUUGACCGGCGGCGUUCUCGUCGCCUCCACCUUCAUUUCCAUAGCCACGGUGGAUAGAUGGGGCCGGAGAGCUUUGCUCAUCGCCGGAGGGGUACAAAUGGUUAUAUGCCAGAUAAUAGUGGCGGUCAUUUUGGGGGUGAAGUUAGGGAACAACGAGAAGGAGCUUUCGAGGACUUACUCGGCGGCAGUGGUGGCGGUGGUGUGUCUGUUCGUGGCGGCGUUUGGGUGGUCGUGGGGGCCUCUGGGGUGGACCGUGCCGAGCGAGAUAUUCCCGUUGGAAACACGGUCGGCGGGACAGAGCAUCACGGUGGCGGUGAACUUAUUACUCACUUUCGCGAUAGGGCAGUGCUUCCUCUCACUCCUCUGCGCCUUAAAGUAUGGGAUUUUCCUCUUCUUCGCCGGGUGGGUUGCGGCCAUGACACUCUUCGUCUACCUGUUCUUGCCGGAGACCAAAGGUGUCCCCAUUGAAGAGACCAUUUUCUUGUGGAGAAAACAUUGGUUUUGGAAGAAUAUCAUCCCUGCCCAGCUAUAA